AUGUCCAAGGAGGAAGACAAGCUCAAGUUGCUGCAGCCCGAGGCCGACAAGAACGGCGACGGCGUGCCCGAAGUCUACCGCUCGCUCAACUUCCGCAGCCUGCAAGACCCGUACUCGCACAACAACGACACCAUGGCGAGUCGCUACAGCACUCUGCGAGCCGAUAACCUCGAGACCAUGCUCAACGGCGGCCUCGAGCGGUUCUACAAGAAGUACGACCACCUUUCUCGCAAGGUCAACCUGCAGCUGCCCACGCCCGAGGUGCGCUUCGAGAACUUGUCCUUCACUGUGCAAGUGCCUGCGUCUGCAGAGGACCACGGCACGGUGGGGUCUCAUUUGCGGGGCAUCUUCACGCCCUGGAAGAGACCGGCCAUGGCCCCCAAGCACGCGCUGCGCCCCAUGAGCGGCAGCAUCAAGCCGGGCACGUUGACGUUGAUCCUGGCCAACCCUGGCGCCGGCAAGUCGACGUUCCUCAAGGCGAUGGCCGGGAAGCUCCAGAGCUCGUCCAAGACCCAACUAGGAGGCGAGAUUCUGUACUCGGGACUACGGGGCGACGAGAUCGACCUCAUCAAACUGGCCGGACUGGUGGACCAGACAGACAACCACAUCCCCACGUUGACUGUGCGCGAGACGUUCAAGUUCGCCGACAUGUGCGUCAAUGGGCGUCCAGAGGACCAACCGGAGGAGAUGCGCGACAUCGCGGCCUUGCGAACCGAGCUGUUCCUCCAGAUCUUGGGCAUGGAAGAGUGCGCCGACACGGUGGUGGGUGACGCCCUGCUACGUGGCGUCAGUGGCGGCGAGCGCAAGCGCGUCACCAUUGGCGAAGUGCUGGUCGGUGGCCAGAGCUUGUUCUUGUGUGACGAGAUCUCGACGGGUCUGGACAGUGCGGCCACCUUCGACAUCAUCAAGUCGCUGCGGACCUGGUGCAAGACGCUGGGCGGGUCGGCCGUGAUUGCGCUACUGCAACCGACUCCCGAGGUGGUGGAGAUGUUCGACGACAUCUUGAUGAUCAACGAAGGCCACAUGGUGUACCACGGCCCCAGGACGGAGAUCCUCGACUACUUUGAAGGCCACGGCUUCACGUGUCCGCCCCGAGUGGACCCGGCCGACUUCCUGAUCGAAGUGACGUCCGGCCGCGGCCAUCGCUAUGCGAACGGGAGCAUCCCCGUCAAGGAUCUGGCCGUCGCGUCCGAGGACUUUAACAACCUGUUUUGCCAGUCGAACAUCUACCGCAAGACCCACGAGGCCAUCAGCAAAGGCUUCAACGAGCACCAGUUCGAGAACGCAGAGGACUUCAAGAAGGCCAAGAGCGUGGCCAACUUGGCCCGCUCCAAGGAAAAGUCCGAGUUCGGGUUGGCCUUCGUGCCCAGCACCAUGUUGCUGCUGAACCGCCAGAAGCUCGUGUGGAUCCGGGACCCUCCUUUGCUAUGGGGGAAACUCAUCGAGGCGCUGAUCAUCGGUCUCGUCAUGGGCAUGAUCUACUUCGACGUGAGCUCGACCUACUACCUGCGCAUGAUCUUCUUCAGCAUCGCGUUGUUCCAGCGUCAGGCAUGGCAGCAGAUCACCAUCUGCUUCCAGCUGCGCAAGGUCUUCUACAAGCAGCGGCCGCGCAACUUCUUCCGCACGUCCUCGUAUGCUAUUGCCGAGAGUGUGGUGCAGAUCCCAGUCAACAUGGCCGGGUCGUUCGUGCUGGGCACGUUCUUCUACUUCAUGAGCGGCCUGACGCGGACGUUCGAGAAGUACAUCGUGUUCUACCUGGUGCUGCUGGCCUUUCAGCACGCCAUCAGCGCCUACAUGACGCUGCUGAGCUCUCUGUCGCCCAGUAUCACGAUCGGCCAGGCGCUGGCCGCCAUCUCCGUGAGCUUCUUCCUCUUGUUCUCGGGCAACAUCAUCCUGGCCGACCUCAUCCCGGACUACUGGAUCUGGAUGUACUGGUUCUCUCCCAUCUCCUGGGCGCUGCGCUCCAACAUGCUGUCCGAGUUCUCGAGCGACCGCUACACUGACGCGCAGAGCAAAGCGCAGCUCGAGAGCUUCUCCAUCACGCAGGGAACGGGCUACAUCUGGUUCGGCGUCGCUGUGCUGGUCGUGUACUACUUCGCCUUCACGAGCUUCAACGCGUUGGCGCUGCACUACAUCCGCUACGAGAAGUUCAAGGGGGUGAGCGCCAAGGCCAUGCAGGAGGAGGAAACGCACAACGUGUACGUGGAGGUGGCCACCCCGACGGCUGGCCAUGACGCCAAGGUGAAAGGAGGCGGCCUGCCGUUCACGCCCACGAACUUGUGCAUCAAGGACCUGGACUAUUACGUGACGCUGCCGUCCAGCGAGGAGAGGCAGCUCCUGCGGAAGAUCACGGCGCACUUUGAACCUGGCCGGAUGGUGGCGCUCAUGGGCGCGACGGGCGCUGGCAAGACGACGCUGAUGGACGUGAUCGCUGGACGGAAGACUGGCGGCCGCAUCGUGGGCGACAUUUACGUCAACGGAGAGCUCAAGGACCCGGCCAUCUUCAGUCGCAUCACGGCGUACUGCGAGCAGAUGGACAUCCACUCGGAGGCCGCGUCCAUCUACGAGGCGCUCGUGUUCUCGGCCAAGCUGCGACUGCCGCCGACGUUCACCGAGGAGGAGCGGAUGAACCUGGUGCACGAGACGUUGGAGCUGUUGGAACUGACGACGAUCGCCUCGGAGAUGGUCGGCAGUCUGUCGGUCGAGCAGAAGAAACGCGUGACGAUCGGCGUCGAAGUGGUGGCCAACCCCAGCGUUUUGUUCCUGGACGAGCCCACGAGUGGGCUGGACGCGCGUUCGGCUCUGAUUGUGAUGCGUGGCGUGCAGUCUAUUGCUCGUACGGGGCGCACCGUGUUGUGUACGAUCCACCAGCCCAGUAUCUCGAUCUUCGAGCUGUUCGACGGGCUGUUGUUGCUCCAGAAAGGUGGCUACACGGCCUACUUCGGCGAGCUUGGUGUCGACUCGGUCAAGAUGCUUGAGUACUUUGCGUCUAUCCCCGGAACGGAGGAGAUCCGACCGCAGUACAAUCCGGCGACGUACAUGCUGGAGGUGAUUGGCGCGGGUAUCGGCCGCGACGUCAAGGACUACUCGCUGGAGUACAAGAACAGCGAGCUGUGCGUUAAGAACCGCGAGCGGACACUGGAAUUGUGCCAGGCGUCGGACGACUUCGUACGUCACUCGACACUCAACUACCGACCGAUCGCCACGGGCUUCUGGAACCAGUUGACGGAGCUGACGAAGAAGCAGCGACUGACGUACUGGCGCAACCCGCAGUACAACUUCAUGCGCGUCUUCCUGUUCCCGUUGUUCGCCGUCAUCUUCGGCACGACGUUCUACCAGCUCUCAGCCGACAGCGUCAAGCGCAUCAACUCGCACAUUGGUCUCAUCUACAACAGCAUGGACUUUAUCGGCGUGACGAACCUCAUGACGGUGAUCGAGGUGACGUGUGCCGAGCGCGCCGUGUUCUACCGCGAGCGCAUGUCGAACUACUACAGUCCGCUGCCCUACAGUCUGUCGCUCUGGUUCGCCGAGAUCCCGUACCUCAUUGUGGUCAUCAUCCUCUUCGUGACGAUCGAGUACUGGAUCGUGGGCUGGAGCAACAACGGAGGCGACUUCCUCUUCUUCCUCUUCGUCUUCUACCUCUACACGUCGGCCUGUACGUACAUGGGGCAGUGGAUGUCGGCGCUGAUGCCCAACGAGAAGGUGGCGAACGUGGCUGUGGGUGCGCUGUCGUGUCUGCUGAACCUCUUCUCGGGCUACUUGCUGCCUCGAACGGCCAUGAAGGCAGGCUACAAGUGGUUCACGUACCUCAUGCCGUCGAGCUACUCGCUUGCGGCGCUGGUGGGCGGCCAGUUCGGCGAUAACCACGAGAUUAUCACAGUCACGUCGGGCAACACGUCGACGGAGAUGACGGUGGCGCAGUACAUUGAGAACAUCUACGACUUCCGACCCGACCGCAAGUACAACUUCAUGGUCGGCCUCAUCGUCAUUUGGCUGGUCGUGCAGGUGGCCAUCUUCCUCACGUUCAAGUACGUGAGCCACCUCAAGCGAUAA